AUUGUGAAUAAGCACACGCCAUGCAAGAGAAAGAGAAAGAGCUUGGAAGAGAAAUGGAUAAGAUAAACAUGUCCAAGAAAAUUCACUGUCUGGUGUUACCAUAUCCAGCAGCUGUAGGCCAUCUCAAUCCCAUGCUUCAAUUCUCCAAGCUCUUGCAGCAUGAAGGAGUGAGAAUAACACUAGUCACAUCACAUUUCUACAGAAACAGCAUACAAGAAUUGCCACCUUCCAUUUCACUAGAGGCCAUUUCUGACGGUUUUGAUAGUGGCGGUUUUGAAGAAGCAGGAAAGAGCUUCAAGGUCUAUAAAGAUCGUUUUUGGCAAGAAGGGCCAAGGACUCUUACAGAGCUUAUUGAGAAGCUUUGUAGAACAGGGUACCCUGUUGAUUGUGUUAUAUAUGAUGCAUUAUUGCCUUGGGCCUUGGAUGUUGCAAAGAGAUUUGGAAUUGUUGGGGUUGCUUUUAUCACUCAAAAUAUUGCUGUGAAUAGCAUUUUCUACCAUGCCUACUUGGGAAAGCUUCAAGCUCCUCUUAGUGAAGAAGUGAUUUCUCUACCAGGGCUUCCCAAGCUUCAACAUCAGGACUUGCCUUCUUUCUUCUGGUUGAAAUUUGGAGAAGAUCCUGUUUUACUUGAGUUAGUGGUGGGUCAAUUUUCUAACUUUGACAAAGCUGAUUGGAUCCUCUGCAAUUCCUUCUACGAGUUGAGCAAAGAGGUAGCUGAUUGGACGAUGAAGAUUUGGCCCAAAUUUAGGAUGAUAGGACCUUCCAUUCCAUCCAAGUUCUUAGACAAGCAAAUCAAAGAUGAUGAAGAUUAUGGAGUUUCAAAAUUCACAAGUGAAGAAUACAUGGCAUGGCUAAAUGAUAAGCCAAAAGGGUCUGUUGUGUAUGUUUCUUUUGGGAGUUUUGCAGUCAUCAAUGAGGAGCAAACGAAGGAAGUAGCUUGUGGUUUGAGAGAAAGUGGAAGUUACUUCUUAUGGGUGGUUAAAGCCUCUGAAGAGAGCAAUAUCCCCAAAGACUUUGAAAAGAAAUCAGAGAAGGGCUUGGUAGUGACAUGGUGUUCCCAGCUAAAAGUUCUAGCACAUGAGGCUAUAGGGUGCUUUGUAACACAUUGUGGAUGGAACUCUACAUUGGAAUCUUUGAGCUUAGGAGUUCCAUCUAUUGCAAUGCCUAUUGGGUCAGACCAAUGCACCAAUGCCAAGCACAUUGCAGAUGUUUGGAAAAUUGGAAUCAGAGCUCCGCUUGGUGAGAGGGGAAUUGUGAGAAGAGAUGCAUUGGAGCAUUGUAUAUGGGAAAUAAUGGAGAGUGAGAAAGGCAAAGAGAUUAAGAACAAUGCCUUGCAAUGGAAGAAUUUGGCUGCUGCAGCUGUUAGCACAGGUGGAAGUUCUCAUAAACACAUCACAGAAUUUAUUGAUAGCUUGUUUCAUUUACAAGCAACUAGCCCUGAAUCAUAGUUCACAAAUUAAUUCUUGAUCAACUGAAGUAUUGUGUAUGGAAAGAACUCUCGCCGAGGGAGCUAGCUCUGCUAGAAUGUGGAUAUUCCCAGCUCAAACAAGAUUGCCUCCCGUGGAAGAUACCUGUGUUAGACCCAUCACUAUAAUUUUGACAAAAAUAAUUGCUUUUUUUAAUGGAGUCAUUACUUUCCAUAUCAUUAUUUUGCAGCUUCCUAUAGAGUUCAUUAUCUUGUACUACUGAAGUAAAAUGAUAUUAUAAAGUCAUAAUGUUUACAAACCCAUUAAAUAUAAAACCCCUGUCCCAAUUACACCACAACAUUAUGCAUUCUUGAGUGCUAGAAGGACACAGACAAGCGAGUUACAGCCAAGCUUAGUUAAACACUGUUCCAGCAAAAAGAUUCCAAUAUACAAAAUACAUUCGUUGUCUUGUUCAUUGAGUCAGCUGAGGAAGCAUGUUCAACCUAAAUUCAUCAGUCAGGGAAUUGCUCGAAGACUUUAAUCUCACAUCGGAACACUUAAUUGCACAAUAGAUGAAACGUUUUUGACUCAAUCUGUAUGCUCAUACAACCUCUCUUUGAUCAAGGCUCGUACUUGGAUCUCCAUAUAUCUCUAGGCACCAAUCUGAGAGGUCCAUUGUUCACUUUCUCACGCAUAAAGUGGCAAUAGAUGUCAUACUUGAGUUAGUAGUGGCUCAGUUUUCUAACAUUGACAAAGCUGAUUGGAUCCUCUGCAAUUCCUUCUACGAGUUGA